AUGUCCCAGCUCUCCUCCACCCUGAAGCGGUACGUCGACUCAUCCCGCUAUGCUGAGACCACCUACAGCAAGGUCCCCAGCGGCUACAGCUCCUACACCUCAUAUGGAUCCACCUUGGCUACAUCCUAUGCAGACAGCGACAAAAUCGGCUUCAAAGCCAGCUACCUGGCCUCCCCCCGGUACCAGCACACGGGUCUGUCCCCAACCAGUGGCUAUGACAGCAGCCGGCUGCCUCUGUACCCCGACUCCAGCAUCCACCUGAGCCCCACGUACAUUCGCACCCAGCCCCGGCCACCCGGCGGUGGGCUGAGCGGGGGUUCGUGCUACACCUUCGCGGGGGCCCUCAGCAGCCCCCCAGGCUACCUGCCCACAACAGCGCCUCUCAGCCGCCGCAAAUCCAUCAGCCACUCGGACCUGGCACGGGAGUUUUCAGGUCUGCACACCUCAGACAGCGCCUACGCACUCAGCCCCAGCCCCCUUGGCAUCCGGGGCCACCAGGAGCUCGGCGCCCUGCAGGGUCUUUACCAGGCUGCCGCGCGCUCCGACUACGUCCGUGGCUACUUGCAGAGCUAUGGGAGGAAAAGCAGCCAUGGCAGCCUCCCCAGUGGCCCCCUCAGCCCCUCACAGGCCGCCCUUGGCUCUGCCCUGCUGCCCUUGGGCACCCGCUGCACCAGCCAGCCCUGCGAGAGGAAUGAUGGCUACUGCGACAUGCCCGCCCGGGACCCCACG